AUGGCGGAUCUUUAUGAACCAGACGUGGGAACUGCAUAUUACAGAUCGAAUGAUUCCGUCAAAAACCUACAAAUCAAAGUCCGACUCGAACGAGUGACGUCCUCCAGUAUAGUGCCGGCAGCUGCAGCCAAUGAGCAAAAAGAGGGUAGUGUGGAGAUGGGGGACAUGGGUAAACAGCCCAAGCUGGUGGAUGAGGAAGAAAUUUGCAUCAAGUGGCAGGAAAAGAUUUUCAGUCAGAGGGAGAUUGAGUUAUACAACCAGGAGGCCAACUGUUUCAACAUAAGAGAAAAGACAUACCACGACCAAGUUGUUAAAAUCAUAGAGAGAGGGAAGCCAACAAACCGUAUAUUCACCUACACUGAUGACGACAAGUUCUCACAUGAAGAGGAGGCCGUGCAGUUCAUGACCACCGCCAAGUCAGAGAGAGCUACCAUUCUUGCUGAGAAGAUGUCACAUGUCCGACAACGCAGGGUCGGAGGUCGACAACUCAAAGAAAGGGAGGUCGGCUUUGUCCCGAAGAUCAAUGUGGUAGACCCAUCACCAACAGAUGAUAUGAGGAGGAAGAACCACAUUGAGGCUCCCCCGAUGGAGGUGAUGUACAUCAUGGGGGACCUUAGUCCCAGAGAGAGUGCACUGUGA